AGUAUAAUUAACCAAACCACAUAAAACUCAAUAACAUAAUGCAAACGCCCGUAAGAUUCUCGAGCUGUAGAGGCGUUGCCUUUGAAGUGAAGCCUCACGAGCAUCACUUCUCCAUCUCAAAACCCAUUUCCCCACCACACCCAAGUAGCAGCAUCACCACCUUCUGGCCCCGCCGCAACUCUUUUCAAAUAUUCCCUUCCCCAUCCCCUUCUUCACUUCUAAGAUCCCUAAGCAAACCCAGCAGCCAUUUCUGUGACGUUGAUCCCCUCUCCGACGAAGAAGAACAGCACCACCAAUACGACCUGGAAGCACUCGAAGAAGGUGACCAACAGAACCAAAGCACCCCACAAAACCCGCCCUCUCAGCCUCAUCCGAAGAACCCAAAAUCAAGACUCUCCGUCAUCCUCCUCGACCAAGGCCUCUUCACCGUCUACAAAAGGCUCUUCCUCCUGUGUCUUUCAUUAAAUAUUACCGCCCUCAUUCUUGCCGUCACUGGGUAUUUCCCAUAUGCAAGAGCCCGCCCCGCUCUGUUUUCAAUCGGCAACAUAUUCGCCUUGACGCUUUGCCGGAGCGAGGCCUUUCUGCGUGUAGUGUUUUGGUUAACAGUCACUAUCUUGGGCAGAUCAUGGGUCCCACUAGCUUUCAAAACCGCCGUAACUUCCUUCCUCCAGAGCCUUGGUGGGGUCCACAGCGGCUGUGGAGUUUCGUCCAUUGCCUGGCUUGUCUACGCUUUGGCACUGACUCUUAUGGACGCACAAACAAGAUCCCCAGCCAUCAUUGCUGUUGCGUCCGCAAUUCUAGCCCUUCUUUGUCUUUCUUCGUUGGCUGCAUUUCCUCUCGUACGACACCUCCACCACAAUGUCUUCGAGCGAACGCACCGUUUCGCUGGCUGGACCGCACUCGCCCUCCUCUGGGCCUUCCUAAUUCUAACACUCACUUACGAUCCCAUCACCAAUUCAUAUAAUAAAGAUCUUGCUUCCCGUUUGCUCCAAACACAGGAAUUUUGGUUCACAACCGCAAUCACUUUCCUAAUCAUUCUCCCAUGGGUUACGGUCAGGCGCGUUCCUGUUCAAAUCUCUGCCCCCUCCGGCCAUGCCUCCAUUAUCAAAUUCAGCGGCGGGGUACAGCCCGGGUUAUUGGGCCGGAUCAGCCCAUCGCCGUUAUCCGAGUGGCAUGCCUUCGGGAUCAUUUCCGACGGUGAAAAAGAGCACAUAAUGUUAGCCGGAGCGGUUGGGGAUUUCACGAAAUCCUUGGUGUCGAACCCACCCACCCACUUGUGGGUCCGAGGGGUCCACUUCGCUGGACUUCCGUAUUUGGUGAACAUGUACGAGAGAACUCUGGUGGUGGCGACGGGAUCUGGGAUUUGCGUGUUCUUGUCGUUUCUGUUGCAGAAAAGUAGGGCUGACGUGCAUUUGGUGUGGGUGGCUAAAGGGAUCGAGGAGAAUUUCGGGAAGGAGAUUAAGGAGAUGGUGAAUGGGCACCCGAGGGAGAAGGUGAUAGUUCACGAUACGGCGGUUUUGGGGCGGCCGAAUGUGGCGGAGCUGACGGUGAAGGCGGCGAGAGAGUGGAAAGCGGAGGUGGUGAUUGUUACGAGUAAUCCGGAAGGGAGUAGAGAUGUGGUGAAUGCGUGUAAAAGCUCUGGAAUUGCAGCUUUUGGUCCGAUUUGGGACUCUUGAAAGAUGAAACUGAAUGACUAAUGUCGAUUAUUACUAGCUACUUACGGCUCAGAAUUAAUUUACUAUU